GUUCUCCCCGAACCACGGCGAAAGACAUGGCGACAUUCACGCCCAACCGAUCCCUCUUGAACCCGAAAUUCGACGGAUACAAGUUCUCGCCGCUGGACUACGAUGAGGUCACCACACACCACCCGCUGGUGAACAGGCUCUCGCAGACGAACGUCUCCGGCCGCGCGCCGCUGUCUUUCCAGGAGGUGCAGAGCCGCGUGCUGCACAACCACCUUGCACUUUGUAGCGGAUCGCGACGCGCGGCGUAUGUGGACGCGGAGCUUAGUGUGGUAGUUGUCGAUCUGGACGAGACCACGCUCGCGCCCACGUUCAGAGUCGUGUGCGAGCUGCCGAGGCCGAUCCUGUCCGCCGCCGCGGAGACGCUACAACGCGAGUACCCGUCCGCCGCAUUUGUGGACGCGACCUCCCUCCUUGUGGCAGACGGUUAUGGGGCACUCUACGCCUUCCGACUCGGAGACUCCGGCGCGGCCGAGCUCCUCGCCUCGUACGAGCUCGCUAUUCCACCCGCGUACGAAUCUGCGCACCCCUCUGUGCCUUUCCGGUUACACCAAGCAAUAUCCCCCGACGGCCAGAGCAUUCUCACCGUGCUCUCCUCCAAGCACUACCCUACGAACGCGCCCGAACCACCCAAGAACACCCACAAAGCACCCCCAGUUACAUUCGAUAUCUGGGGCGUCCAGAUCGCGCUCCCUAUCGCCUCGUCGCCUGACGCACAACCUCUCCAAAUCGCAUGGCACACGCGUGGUGACGACGUCCCGCUCUACACUGCAUACGACGCGACCCGACAGGCCUUCCUCUUCGUUGGGAGCUCGCCAUAUCUUCCACUCACUGUCGCUCCGGCGCCCGCAUAUGAGCCUUCUGCGGACGAACUCGCGCCGAUCCCGCGCGCAGGCGAGAACCUCGACGGCACGCCCACGCCCGCACCCGCCGACAUCCCCAAGCCCCCGCCCUACUCCUGGACACAGACCGAGGACACCGUAACGCUCGCGAUCCCGCUCCCCUCCGACACACCCAAAGAGCGCAUCAAAGUCGCCUUCUCCCCGCGCACGCUCACCGUGCUCGUCGACGACUCCGCCGACGCGCCCAUCCCCGUACCGCGCUUCUCCCUCGCGCAGCUGUGGGACGGCAUCCAGCCCGGCACAAGCGUGUGGACGCUCGACCGUGCCGCGACGGGCACGUAUGGCGUGCUCGCGCUCCACCUCGACAAGGCGCACGAGGGCACGCGCUGGCCGCAGGUGUUCUCUGACUCCGCCAGCGCCGGGGUGGAGGAGGUGUCGGAGACGUUGGACCCGAGCGAGCUGUAUGCGAUCCGUGAGUCGCUCGAAAAGUAUACUGCUGCGCUGCGCGAGGGACCGGACGCGAGUGGGCUCGGGGUAGGUGUGCCAAGCUUGGGCCAGGGCGAGCGCGACGACGAGGUCGACCUGACCAUAGGCAAGGGCGCGUGUACGACAUGGGUGGGUGUGGAUGGCAAACACCGCACGGACGACGCGGCGCUGCCGGUGCUUGCGACGCCGUUCCCCGGCGCCACGGGCGUCUUCCCUCCCUCCCUCGUCGCUAAGAACGGGCUCGACGGGGUUGUGUACACACUGCGUGACGGAGAAGGUGGCAGUCUGGAGGACUCGCCUGCGUGGACGCACACCGGGACGUAUUCUGCGCUGGCGUUCGUGCUCGCGUCGAAGCGGGACACGCGCUUCGUGCACCACGUCGCGCACGACGCGGUGUUCGCGUUCGAGAGCGGCACGCAGGACCUCGGUGGGAACGUGUAUAUCUACCGCGGUGUAGGUCCGCGGGAGAACUGGGCGAAGCAGACGGUGCUCAAAGUUGGCGGUGGAGUUGCGGGGGCGCUCUUGGGCGUUGGGUUGAUGAAGAUGCAGGGUAAGGUGGUUGUUCUGUGCCUCUGCGAGGGGGAGUUAGUGGUUUUGCAUAGUGUGUUGUAA